AUGGCCAACUUCUUCAAGCUCACCACCAUUCUCUCCCUCAUGGUUUCGGCUUUGCUCCUAGCCUCCCAAUACCCUAUGGCCUUCUCAUCCGAGUUCGAGGGCGACGACGACGAGGAGUUGGAGGAGUACGUGAUCGAUGCCCCGAAUCCGAACUUCAGAUUAAGAGGCAGGUUCUUGGCCAGCAUUAUCAAGAAAGGUGCACACUGUGACGCCGUCAAGCACAACAUCUGCAAUGGGAUUUCAGCAAACAACGGGACGAGCAUUCUCAACUGCUGCAAGACUCAUUGCCGUAACAUUCUCGGAGACCGGAAUAACUGCGGCAAGUGCGGGCACAAGUGCGAGUUUUCACAGCGUUGCUGUAAUGGAAAGUGUACCUAUGUUGCUUACAAUCCCAACCACUGUGGCAAGUGUACUAGAAAGUGCUCGGCUGGGGUUAAAUGUGAGUAUGGAUACUGUGGGUAUGCUUAA